UUUAAAAAGUAUAUUGACCUUAAUCGAGGAAAUUUUGUAAAAAAAAUUUUACCGGUUGAUAAUGAUUUGUGGUUACAGAAAAGGAAGGUUUCUUCUUAAUAGACAAGUUCCUACUGUCAAACUUAGUCCGUUAUUGUCUUAUAUAAAAAGGUAGUCGGCAUGAUGGUGAUUUACGUUAUUUUAUAAAAAAAAAAGACUAGAAAAAGAACAUCCAAUGUCCACUCUACUGCGAAUGAAGGCCGGGUUUCUGGGUGCCCUGAGGAGGAACUUGGCCACCGGCCCUGGCAGGGGAGGCAGGCAGGACCAUAGGCUCAGGUCUACCGUCUACUACGUAGGAGCUAUCGGCGUUCUCGCCGUAGGAUUGACCUACGCGGCGGUACCUUUGUACAGGAUAUUUUGCCAGGCGUACAGCUAUGGAGGAACGACAGUGACCAACACGAAAGAUGUUGAAAACAUGAAGAAGGUAAAACAUAGAGAGAUAACAGUAAGAUUCAAUGCUGAUAGAGGUGCUAACAUGAGGUGGAAUUUCAAACCACAACAGUCUGAAAUCAAGGUGUUUCCUGGAGAAACAGCAUUGGCGUUUUAUAAGGCUAAAAACAGUACGGAAUUUCCAGUCACUGGUAUCAGUACUUACAACGUCGUUCCUUUCGAGGCUGGACAGUAUUUCAACAAGAUUCAGUGUUUCUGCUUUGAAGAGCAACUGCUCAAUCCACACGAAGAGGUUGACAUGCCUGUAUUUUUCUACAUUGACCCUGAUUUCACGGAGGAUCCUAGGCUAGAACUAGUCGACACAAUAAUCCUUUCUUAUACUUUCUUCGAGGCGAAGGAAGGGUUGAAGCUGCCAUUACCUUCAUUCUUGAAAGCGCACGCUUCGUAAUAAGUCGAUAAUUAUAUAUUUUAUUUUCAAAGAUGUACAUAGUGGUAAUUUUGCACCAUUGUUAAAAAUGGCUUUCAAGGCAUAAAACUCUGUUUAAUAAAAAUCGAUGAAAUUACUAUUUUACUUUCAUUAGACAAACCCGAUCGGAUAGAAAGCCAGUGUAUUCAAUUAUAGUAAUGUUGACAA